AUGGACCAUGUGAUACUCCCAUUCCCAAAGCCAAAGUCCACCGAGUACCCGACCCCGGAGGUACCGGCGACCCAGGCCAUCUACCACGCGGCUCCUCUCCGCAGCUUCCAGGCGGUCCCUGUCCCCAGCUACCAGGCGGCCCAUGCCCCCAGCUUUCAGGCGGCCCCUGUUCCCAACUAUCAGACGGCCCCUGUUCCCAACUACCAGGCGGCUCCUCUCCCCAGCUACCAGGCGGCUCCUGUCUCCAGGUUCCAGGUUGCCCCUGUCCACAACUACCAGGCGGCUCCUGCCCCCAGGUUCCGGGCGGCUCCUCUCCCCAGCUAUCAGGCGGCUCCUGUCCUCAGGUUCCAGGCGGCCCCUGUCCCCAGCUUCCAGGCGGUCUCUGUCCCCAGCUUCCAGGCGGUCUUUGUCCCCAACUACCAGGCGGCUCCUCUCCCCAACUACUAG